AUGAAUAAAAGUGUGACCAAAUUCAUUCUGUUUGGGUUGACUCAAGAUGCAGAAAAGCAGAAGGCAAUAUUUGGGAUUUUCUUGAUUCUUUACAUUAUGACUCUGUUGGGCAACUUUGUCAUCAUGGUGACCAUUAAAGCCAGCCAGACCCUUGGGAGUCCCAUGUACUUCUUCCUCUUUUACUUGUCCUUCGCUGAUGCUUGUUUUUCUACAACCACAGCCCCCAGACUGAUCGCAGAUGCCCUUUCUCAGAAGAAAGUCAUCUCCUACAAGGAGUGCAUGACACAGGUCUUUGCAGCCCAUUUCUUCGGGUGUAUGGAGAUCUUUGUGCUCAUCCUCAUGGCAUUCGAUCGCUAUGUGGCCAUCUGCAAGCCUCUGCGGUACACGACCAUCAUGAGCCAGCGCAUCUGUGGUGUGUUGGUGACCCUGGCCUGGGUGGGUUCUUGCAUCCAUUCCUUGGCACAGAUUUUCCUGGCUUUGAGACUGCCCUUCUGUGGCCCCAAUGUGAUCGAUCACUAUUUCUGUGAUUUGCAGCCCUUGCUGAAACUCGCCUGCAUGGACACGUAUCUGAUCAACUUGUUAAUCGUGACUAAUAGUGGUGCCAUAUGCAUGGGGAGUUUAAUAGUGCUGCUCAUCUCCUAUGUUGUCAUCUUGUACUCUCUGAGAAACCAUAGCACCGAAGGACGGCGAAAAGCCCUUUCCACGUGCAUCUCCCACUUUAUUGUGGUCGUCAUGUUUUUUGGCCCCUGUAUAUUUAUAUACACACGUCCACCAACCACGCUUCCUGUGGAUAAGAUGGUGGCUGUGUUUUACACGAUCGGCACACCCUUAUUCAACCCUCUUAUCUACACCCUGAGGAACACAGAGGUGAAAAGUGCCAUGACGAAGCUGUGGUGUCGCCAACUAUAA